AUGGACAUGAUCUCAAUGAUGAUGCAAAUGGAAAAGUUCCCUGAUAAUUUUUCUGAACCUUCCACAUACCAAGAAAUUAUCAAUGGAACUUCCACCACUACCAAUACCGUUCCAUUAUUUAACUUAUCUCCACAAACGUUGACUGAUCCAUUUCCACACUCCAAUGUCAAUUUCAACAACGCUAUCCAACAACAACAAUCAUCUCUUUAUAACCCUAAUUCUUCUGAUAAGAAGAAUUCCAUGGCGGCCAUGAGGGAAAUGAUAUUUAGAAUAGCAGUGAUGCAACCGGUGCAUAUCGAUCCGGAGUCGAUUAGGCCGCCGAAGAGAAGGAACGUGAAGAUAUCGAAGGAUCCGCAGAGCGUAGCGGCGAGGCAUAGAAGGGAAAGGAUAAGCGAAAGGAUAAGGAUAUUGCAGAGAUUAGUACCUGGUGGAACUAAAAUGGACACUGCUUCUAUGCUAGAUGAAGCUAUACAUUAUGUGAAGUUUUUGAAGAAACAGGUUCAGAGUUUGGAACAAGCUGGGGCUAGUAAUAGAUCAUCACACAUUGGUGGUGCUGGUGGUGUUAUGAACAAUUUCAAUGUGAUGAAUUAUUCUUCUGCUUUGAUGAUGAAGGGUUGUCAACCUUUUCAAAUGGUGGGGUCCACUUCUAAACAAUUGCUUAGCUAG